AACAAGUGAGGCAUUAACACACUCAAACUCCAAGCUGUUGCUGCUUAUGGUCAAAACCAAAACAAAAAAUAAAAAUUUUAUUAAAAUUAAAAUAAAUAAAAAACAGGAGCGAGCGUCAUUGUGUCAAAGGAAGCUCUCGAUUUUCCUACGAUCGGUACCUUUCUUUCAUGCACCGAUCAUUCUCAUUACAAAAUCCAAUUCUUCUAGGGUUCUGAUAAAUCCUCAAUCAUCAUUGUGUAUUGAAUUAGUUUCUGGUGAACUCUGUGAUCCAUGAAGAUGGAUUUAAGGUCCGGUUACAAGGGGGUUGUUGGGCUUGUUUUCGGCAACGAGAGUUCUUCAGAUGCAGAUAGCUAUGUUGAGCGGUUGCUUGACCGGAUAAGCAAUGGUAAACUAGCAGAUGAUAGAAGAAAUGCUAUUAUUGAGCUUCAGGCUGUUGUCUCCGAAAAUCAGGCUUCCCAGUUAGCAUUUGGCGCCAUGGGCUUUCCUGUAAAGCUUAGCGUCUUAAAGGAAGAGCAUGAAGAUGUUGAAAUGGUUCGUGGUGCCCUGGAAACUCUAGUAAGUGCACUGACUCCCAUUAAUCAUGGAAAAGGGUCAAGUAAUGAAGUUCAGCCAGCCUUGAUGAACACUGAUUUACUUUCUAGAGAAGCAGACAGUAUCUCUCUCCUUCUAAGUCUGUUGGAAGAAGAUGAUUUCUAUGUGCGGUACUAUACUUUGCAACUGCUGACUGCCCUUCUCACUAAUUCUCCACAGAGGUUGCAGGAAGCUAUAUUGACCAUCCCUCGUGGAAUAACACGGCUAAUGGAUAUGCUCAUGGAUCGCGAGGUAAUAAGGAACGAGGCCUUAUUGCUUCUUACUCACUUGACGCGUGAAGCUGAGGAGAUUCAAAAGAUUGUCGUCUUUGAAGGUGCAUUUGAGAAGAUUUUCAGUAUCAUAAGAGAGGAGGGAAAUUCAGAUGGUGGAGUUGUUGUACAGGUGAUAUAUAGCUUAUAUAAAAACUCCGAUGGGCAAUCAAUGCUGGCUUCUACUCUAAUUCCACAGCCAUAUUCCAUGAGUCAUGCAACCCUUGAAGAAGAUAUCAAUAUGUCUUUUGGAAGCAUGCUAUUACAUGGUCUCACUUUGGGUGAAAACAGUGGUGAUCUUGAGAUUUGUUGCAGAGCUGCAAGUGUUCUAUCUCAUAUAUUGAAGGACAAUCUCCCUUGCAAGGAAAGGGUUUUACGAAUUGAAAUAGAGCCACCCAUGCAAUCUUUAGGAGCUCCAGAGCCACUACUGCAUCGAAUGGUGAAAUAUUCUGCCCUUGCUUCUUCCAUGAAAGGCAAAGAUGGAAAGUCUAGUACAUCAGAAAACUCUUAUACAGAAGUCAUUAUCUUGAAAUUACUGAUUACCUGGCUAGCAGACUGUCCAAGUGCAGUACAGUGCUUCCUAGAUGCUCGCCCCCACCUAACUUAUCUUCUUGAGCUCGUAUCAAAUUUGUCAGAAACAGUGUGUAUAAGGGGAUUUGCAACAGUGGUCUUGGGUGAAUGUGUUAUCUAUAAUAAAUCCACUGAUAACGGAAAAGAUGCAUAUGCCAUUGUUGAUGCAAUAAGUCAGAAAGUUGGGCUCAGUUCAUACUUCCUAAAAUUUGACGAGAUGAAGAAGAGCUUUGCUUUUGCCAGUGUGGAAUCAUCUAUGACCCGUAAAUCAUUCGCUAGAUCUUCAGCAGCCAGCAUGGCAGAUAUUGAAGAUGUAGAUGAAAAUGAUUUGUCUGAAAAGAAAUCUCCUGAUCAUCCAAUUCUUUCUUCUGUCUUGGAUUCUUACUUUGUGAAUUUUGUCAAAAAACUGGAGGCAGAUAUUAGAGAGCAGAUUGUGGAUGUUUAUAGCCAACCAAAAAUCAAGGUGGCGGUAGUUCCAGCAGAAUUAGAGCAGAAAAGUGGGGAAAGUGACGGCGAGUAUGUAAAGAGGCUGAAAACUUUUGUUGAGAAGCAGUGCUCUGAGAUACAGGAUCUCCUUGUUCGAAAUGCCACUUUGGCUGAGGAUCUGGCUAAGACUAGUGGAGGUAGCAGAAGUUUAGAGUCUGACCAAAGAGUAAGUGGGGCCUCAGAAAGAGUCCAAAUGGAGAAACUCCGGAGAGAACUCCAAGAAGCAUCUCAAAGGUUGGUGAACCUUCAGGCAGAAAAGGCUAAAGUUGAAUCAGAGGCAGAAAUGUACCGGAAUUUAGCCGGAAAGACAGAAGCUGAUCUAAGGAGUCUAUCCGACGCCUACAAUAGUCUUGAGCAAUCCAACAUUCAAAUGGAGAAUGAGUUGAAAGCACUUAGGAAAGGAGGGCCCUCAACAUUCCCAGAUGUGGAAGCAAUAAAAGCCGAAGCAAGGGAAGAAGCUCAGAAGGAGAGUGAGGGAGAGCUGAAUGAUCUGCUUGUAUGCCUUGGCCAAGAACAAAGCAAGGUGGAAAGACUUACUGCUAGAUUGCUCGAGUUGGGGGAGGAUGUUGAUAAACUACUUGAAGGCAUUGGCGACGAGGCAGGGGCCGGUGAAGAAGACGAAGAUGAUGAUGAUGAUGAUGAUGAUGCCGAAUAAUAUAUUUCAACUACGCCCUGCUAGCUUCGUGUUACACAUUUCAUGUUGAAUUGUACAGUCUAACACAAUUUGUUGAGAAUGGAGCAGAAGAUAUAUUCCAUGGUUGAAUCUGUUAUGAUUUCUUCAGGACCCUGUUUCUUGCUGGUGUUUUUGCAAUAUCAUUCUCUUUAUUUCUCCCUUUUUAGUAUUGGCGAAUCAAAUUUGGAGAAAUAAUUUAAAGUUCAGUAUUUGUAUUCUGUUGAUAUUUUAGAUGAGGACUCUCUUGUUAUUGUAUAUCUAUGAAAAUUAUGUUAUUUAUUAUUUAGUCGUUUCUCCAGCCUUUCUUUUU